UCUGGCCUUCAAUCCACCCCUAAACUCUGCAUUUCUCAUCGGAGCUCCACCCAAAAAUGGCGACAAUCUCUACCUCUUUGAUAUCCCCUAAUUUCCUUAAGAACCCAAAAAUGGCCGUCAAGCCCCACUUCUCAAAGCUCCUUUCUCCCACCCUGAAGUCAGAGGCGCGCCCUCUCGCGCUCACUUUGUUGCCGCCGGUUUCACAGCCCAGGGAGUAUUUGUUACGCGGAAGGAGGCUCAAUUCCGUCGUCGAAGAGGCGUCCGUCUCCACGCAGGACCCGUCUUCGCCGUCUGCCAGGCGCCUCUACGUCGGGAAUAUUCCCCGGACCGUCACGAGCGAUGAACUCCAAAAAAUUGUGGAAGAACACGGCGCCGUAGAGAAGGCAGAGGUUAUGUAUGAUAAGUAUUCGGGAAGGAGCCGCCGAUUUGGAUUUGUUACGAUGAAGACAGCUGAGGAUGCAAAUGCCGCUAUUGAAAAGCUUAAUGGAACUGAAGUUGGGGGCCGUGAAAUAAAAGUGAAUAUAACUGAAAAGCCAUUGCAAGGUGGGGAGUUCUCGUUUCUACAGGUAGAGGAUUCACAGUUCAUUGACAGUCCUCACAAGGUUUAUGUUGGCAAUCUUGCAAAGACAGUAACCACUGAGUCACUAAAAAGCUUUUUUGCUGAGAAGGGGACGGUUGUCAGUGCAAAGGUAUCCCGAAUUCCAGGGACCUCGAAAUCCAGUGGGUUUGGGUUUGUCACAUUUUCUUCGGAAGAGGAUGUAGAAGCUGCUAUAUCAUCUUUUAAUAAUUCGCUACUUGAAGGGCAGAAGAUUCGUGUAAAUAAAGCAUGAGUAAGUGUCAACGAAAACACCUUGCCUUGUGCAUUAUGCUUAACACUGAAGACUUGUGAGUUGAUUUCUUGAGGACAAUGACAGCGGGGGAGAAGCUCGUUGUGCUACGAUCUCUCCAAUUUGGCUAAUCUGCGCAUUGCGUUCUUACAAUUUUAGUUUAGUGAAAGCCCAUUUUGUUUGUUAUCAUGUUGUAAAGAAACAUCUGAGCUUUAGACUAAAUCCCUGUAGGGUUCUUGGCUGUAUGCUUGCAGUUUUUUUGGGACACUGUCAUAAACUCACACAGCCUUUCUAAGGCUCUCUACUUGCUUGGUAAUAUACACUUGUUCAUCAUUGCUUGCUUUAGA